CUCUCGGAGAGCGGUUCGAGGGGGCCGUCGUUUGCGAGGCCGCAAGUCGCCGUCGGCGGCCGUCGCCAUCGCCGCAACAUAAAAAAAGCGAGCAAACCCGUUGCUGCGCGCUCUGCGCUUCUGCCCUUUUACGACCGAAGAGGUAGCCAACCCACGCAUCCCCCCCCUGACCUGCCCCCUCCACAGCCGCCGCCGCCGCCGCCGCUACGGCUCACGAGAGUACCGAACGAUCUGCUGCCACCCCCAACCCAAGUGACCAACCGAAGGCGGAGGGUAGCAACUUCGGUCUGCUCAUCCCAAGUUAGGCAUGGCAUCAACUGUUGCCAUCAAUUUGAUUGGUGCUCAGGCUGGCAUUAUCUCAAAGUUAAGGAAUUGCGACAUCACAAGCUACAGUGGCUUAAAGGCAAGAUCAUCUAUUAGUUUUGAGUCAAGGUCAUCAUUCCUGGGUCAGAAUGCAUCUCUUCGAUCAUCUAUCUCUCCAAGGAUUGUACCAAAGGCAAACUCUGGAUCUCACAUUUCUCCUGAGGCAUCUUACAAAGUGGCAGUUCUCGGUGCUGCUGGUGGCAUUGGUCAACCGUUGGGCUUGUUAAUUAAGAUGUCUCCUCUGGUCUCUGCACUACAUCUGUAUGAUAUUGCAAAUGUCAAAGGAGUUGCUGCUGAUCUGAGCCACUGCAACACACCUUCUCAGGUUCUGGACUUUACUGGGCCCUCGGAAUUAGCCAACUGCUUGAAAGGUGUGGAUGUUGUUGUCAUCCCUGCUGGAGUCCCAAGGAAGCCAGGAAUGACUCGUGAUGAUCUUUUUAACAUCAAUGCGAGCAUUGUCAAGACACUUGUUGAGGCUGUUGCAGACAAUUGUCCAGAAGCCUUUAUCCAUAUCAUUAGCAACCCAGUAAACUCAACAGUGCCCAUUGCUGCUGAGGUUCUGAAACAGAAGGGUGUCUAUAACCCCAAGAAGCUUUUCGGAGUUACCACCCUAGAUGUUGUCAGAGCUAACACAUUUAUAGCUCAGAAGAAGAACCUGAAGCUCAUUGAUGUUGAUGUCCCAGUUGUUGGUGGUCAUGCUGGGAUUACUAUCCUACCAUUGCUGUCAAAAACCAGACCAUCUGUCACCUUCACAAAUGAGGAAACUGAAGAGCUGACAAGGAGGAUACAGAAUGCUGGGACAGAGGUGGUGGAGGCGAAAGCUGGUGCUGGAUCUGCUACCCUGUCGAUGGCCUAUGCAGCUGCCAGAUUUGUUGAGUCAUCCCUCCGUGCAUUGGCUGGUGAUCCAGAUGUUUACGAGUGCACAUUUGUUCAAUCUGAAUUAACUGAGCUGCUGUUCUUUGCAUCUAGGGUUAAGCUUGGUAAGAAUGGUGUUGAGUCCAUCAUUUCUUCCGACCUUGAGGGAGUGACUGAAUAUGAGGCCAAGGCCCUUGAGUCAUUGAAGCCUGAGUUGAAGGCCAGCAUUGAGAAGGGCAUCGAGUUCGUCCACAAACAGCAGGCUGCCGCUACUUCUUGAAGUGUGGAGAAUGACUAUCGGCAUGAGAGAAGAUAAUAAAUGCAGAAAUGGUUCUCAAUAGCUUUUAGUUUUGAAGGCGGAAUUUUUCGUGUCUAGUUGUUGCUUGUUUAGUCUCUUCUGAUCACAUGAGGGCGUGGAUGCCCAAACUGUUGCCUGUUUUCAUGAGCUAUUUGACCCUUGUGCCUGCAUCUUGAUGAGAUACACAAACUAAGGAAUAAAGUAGUUUUUGAUUGUUGCCUGAUUUA